CUGGUCAUUUGUCACCGCGCGCCCCUCAUUUCUCCUCGGCCAUGGGAAACCCGGGGAGCAUCUUGAUGGUGCAUAAAUAUGGGUACUAUGUGGUGUCCCUGAUCAAUGGCCUUUCUUGGUACUGCGGGCAAUUGUGCCAGCGCUUGCGGUUCUGAAAGCGGGGUAUCAUCCCCAUGUGUUGAUUGCACUUUACUUGCCCUGGGCGGAGGCGCCUGGUACAGGUACAACGCAGGGAAAAGGACAGUUAUUGAGCCGAUCACGAAGACAGUAAUGGCUGAUAGUAUUGGCCUGUAUGACUCUCUUCUCGGCGGCCACCGCCACUUCAACAUUAGCGCGGGAGUGCCUGGUGACAUUGUUGCGGAACUCGAUUCUGCUGCGAGGAACAAUACUCGAGUUGAGGAUCUCAACGCUGCAGUCUUACCAUAUGAGAUCCAUUGAGAUUCACUGUCAUCAGGCAGUGAUAGCCGGGGGAUUGAUCCGGAGACUCUCGAGCCAACUGUGAACUUGGACCGUGAUGAAAUGGAAAAGGUAUCUAGGAGGGUUUGUACCAAGGACUGUGACUUGAUUCCGUGUCCUGUGGAUAGAAAUUGCAUCAGCUUGCCGGUAUAAAAUAGAUAAUACGGAGUCGAUACACUGAGAUCUCCUACACAGUCUGGCAACGGCUUUAAUCGAAAUUUGUGCUUGAAUGAACGUGGAAUGGAUCACAGAACUGAAUAGCCUGGAUGAUAUUGAGCAUCAUGUAUACAGCACGCCUAUUAGUCUAGUCAAAGCCGUACUUGUCUCUUGUUAGAGUAUCUCGUGAGAUCAAUAUAUUU